CCGGCCCCAUCACUCUUUAAAAAGGAAAAACUGCCAGGCCCUACAGAAUUGACUCUGUGGGAAUUUCCCACUAUCCACCAGAUGUUAUGUUAAAGCAACAGCAAGAACCAUGUUUUUAGGUUUAAAAACCUAAAGUCUGGUGUCUUCCAGACUUCAUUUACAAGGCUGGCCGGAUCACCUUAAAAAGCUUGUGUGAAACUGUGACAAUAAAGCUAAACUACUGGCGACCCUAGUUCCCACACACGCCUAUUUCUAAACAUUAAGGUGACCCUGGGCCGGAAGGAAGAUUUAAUUGUUGGGCAACUGCGGACACGGCCCUGACAGACCUAGAGGUGGAAAGGCGGCGGGCUCGUGGACCUGUCUCCAUACGAGGGAGGGAAACGCAUUCAGCCCAUGCAUCGCCUGAGUGUCCCUCGAGCAGAUCACACACGAGACUGGUCUUCAUUCAUUAUCGUAAGCUAUGGAGACUACCUGAUAUUCUGGGCUCUGGGGGAUACACGGGGUGCCAUCUGUCAGUGAAGUGGGGCUCACAUUUCCGUGAUGGGACCAGAGUGCUUUACUUUGACCACAAGCUGAAAAACAAAAACCAAGACAACAAACCCCAAACCCUCCAAAACCCUCCCCAUACUGAACCUCCAGUCAACCGGGGAGACGAAACGGGCUGCUACGGCGCACGGUUCACCUUGAACCAAAAUCCUCAAGAGGAGUAAACGCUUUAUUUUCAUUUUACUUCAAGAAGGUAUUUACUUUCUACUAAAUUUCUAUUUUUAUGAUAAAGCAUUUAUUUAUGAUAUAAAAAGGUUCUGUUUAUUUUAGAGCUCAGAUGUGAAAUGUGUUCAUUUUAACGAUGGCUUUGUUUAUAAAAAUAUUACAUAAUUUAUAAAAAUGUCUUUAAAAUUAUGCCAUAACGUUUUAUGUUUGGGCCAAUCAACAAACAUUUCCUGAGCCAAACCAAGUUCCCAUCCUAGUAAGCGGGAGCUCUCAGACGUUGCCGGCAGGCGUGUAAAACAGUAUAACCGCUUUGCACAGUUGGCUGCGGGUCCUAAGCAGUUAAACGUACACCUGUCUGCGAGCCAGCCAUCCCACUGUGCAGUGUCUGCCCCCAGAGAAACAAAACCACAGGCCCAUACAAAGACUUGUGCACAGAUGCUGACAGCAUCUUGCAAUCUCCUAAAACUAGAAACGUCAGGUAUCCACUGACGUGCAGGACCAGCAGACUGGGGCGUGUCCGGACGACGGGAUACUGUCAGAAUCAGAAAGAAUGAAGUGGUGAGGAAUGCAAUGAUGCGGAUGGAUCUCAAAAUCAUUAAGUGGAAAAAGUCAGGCAGAAGGCACACAGUGCAUGACUCCAUUUAUAUGAAGUUACAGGACAUGCCAACGAAUCCAGAGUGCCUGAGAGCGCGUCAGCGACCGCCCAGAGACGAGGGGGGAAGGAGGAUGGAGCGAGCAGCACAGGGCGCUUAGGGGUAAGGCCCACGCCUGUUACCGUGGCGGUGGGGACGGUUUCCCGGGUGCACACAUACACAGAAACUGACCAAGUCAUACACUUAAAUCCUUCAGUGAAGUUGGGAAGGGGGUACAACACCCUCAAUUCUAUCUGUUGUUCUUUUAGGAAGCUCAAAGGAAAAACUUGCAGACCACGGCAACAAGGCACCUGCAGCUCACAACAUGGGCCAGCUGCGAACCAUGAAGCCCGGCCUCCUGGUGUGCGCGGCCAUUUGCAUCAUCUCCAUUUUUCUUUACUUAAGGAACCCAACUCUCGGGGGACCAGAGGAGGCACCCACCUCUCUGGCAGUAGUGGAGUGCGGCUUUUAUCCAGAUGAACUGUGUUCAGCUUUAUUUGAAGGGAAAGGGGCGGCCCUCCAAAUUGCAAAAUUUUGUAAAAACGCUCAUGGACUGGACAUACUCGCUCCCUUACACACACCAGGAAAUUGCUCCAGGAUUUCCCAGGCGCUGCAUUUCAUAUCCAGACCCCUGUCUGCUGAAGAGGGCAAUUUCUCUUUGGCAUAUAUCAUAACUGUUCAUAAGGAGCUGGCCAUGUUUGUGCAGCUUCUCAGAGCUAUUUAUGUACCUCAAAAUGUUUAUUGUAUUCAUGUUGAUGAAAAGGCCCCAAAGAAUGACAAGACUGCUGUGCAAGCCCUGGUUAACUGUUUCGAAAAUAUUUUCAUUUCAUCAGGGAGAGAGAAGGUGCCUAAUAUGGGCUUUGCAAGACUACAGGCAGACAUUAACUGUAUGAAAGAUCUAGUCCAUUCCAAAUUUCAAUGGAACUAUGUCAUCAACCUUUGUGGGCAGGAUUUUCCAAUCAAAACCAACAAAGAAAUCAUACACUACAUCAGAAGCAAAUGGAGUGACAAAAAUAUCACCCCUGGGGUAAUUCAACCAGAAAACAUGAAAUCCAAGACCAGUCAAAGUCAUCCCGAAUUCACCCCUGAAGGCAAUAUCUAUGUGUCUCCAAAUAAAAUAUUCAAAGAUGAACCACCCCAUAACUUAACAAUUUAUUUUGGAAGUGCUUACUACAUACUAACGAGGAAGUUUGUACAGUUUGUACUGACAGAUAUCCGUGCAAAAGACAUGCUUCAGUGGUCUCAAGACAUCCACAGCCCAGAGCGACACUACUGGGUGACCUUGAACCGACUAAAAGAUGCUCCGGGCGCCACACCGAAUGCUGGCUGGGAAGGUGACAUGCGAGCCAUUAAAUGGAGGAACGGGGAGGGACAUGUUCAUGAUGGAUGUAAAGCUGGUUACAUGGAAUUCUACUGACACUAUGCCAAGAAUGUCUGUCCAUCAUGUUAACAGCUGCCAUUUACAUGAUCCUUACUGCAUCCCAGCUCUAGGCCCCUUACUCGACGAAUACCUGCUCAGCCCGGGGAAGGUUCUUUCUGAUUAUUUCAGUCUUACUGGAAAUUUUUAUACAUGCAG